ACUGGCUGCGAGGUGGCAGGUGGAGUAAUCGAGUGUCGGCCCUUGACAACCGGAACAGAAGGCGGUGCCGGUGAGAGGAAGCGAGAGGACGGACGGGCACCGGGACUUCCUUCCAUCGCAGCGGCAGACAUGGCUUCUUCGGCUGGGGGCACGUCGGCGGCUGGUCCUGGCACAGGCUCUGGUCCUGGCCCCGGUCCCGGCCCCUCCAUGUUCCGCUGGUUGGAAGUGUUGGAGAAGGAGUUCGACAAGGCCUUCGUGGACGUGGACCUGCUGCUGGGUGAGAUCGACCCGGAUCAGUCCGAGAUCACUUAUGAGGGCCGUCAGAAGAUGACGGCGCUCAGCUCCUGCUUUGCCCAGCUGUGUCACAAGGCGCAGACUGUCUUCCAGAUCAACCACAAGCUGGAGGCUCAGCUACUGGACAUGAAGUCUGAGCUAAUUGAUACUCAGGCUGAGAAAGCUGUGUUGGAGAAAGAAGUACAUGAUCAGCUUUUACAGCUUCAUGCUGUCCAACUCCAGUUGCACGCCAAGACAGGACAGAAUGUUGACUCAGGUUCAAUCAAGGCUAAGCUGGAGAAAGAAUUAGAAGCCAAUAAAAAAGAAAAAGUGAAGGAAGCAAAACUGGAAGCUGACGUAAAGCUACUAAGAAAAGAGAAUGAAGCCCUGCGACGACAUAUAGCGGUUCUACAAGCUGAAGUUUACGGUGCAAGGCUAGCAGCCAAGUAUCUGGAUAAAGAGCUAGCGGGCAGGGUCCAACAAAUCCAGCUUUUGGGUCGAGACAUGAAAGGACCUGCUCAUGAUAAACUCUGGAACCAGCUAGAAGCAGAAAUACAUCUUCAUAGACAUAAAACAGUUAUUAGGGCAUGCCGAGGACGCAAUGACCCUAAACGACCCUUGCCCACGCCACCUGGACAUGAUCCAGAUAUAAUUAGGAAGACCCAAGGAGUUGGGCCAAUUCGCAAAGUACUGUUGGUUAAAGAGGAUCAUGAAGGACUUGGUAUAUCGAUUACAGGUGGCAAGGAGCAUGGAGUCCCAAUUCUAAUAUCAGAAAUCCACCCAGGCCAGCCUGCUGAGCGAUGUGGUGGCCUUCAUGUUGGAGAUGCCAUACUAGCUGUUAAUGGAAUAAAUUUAAGAGAUGCAAAACACAAAGAAGCUGUUACAAUCCUUUCCCAGCAGAGAGGAGAAAUUGAGUUUGAAGUGGUAUAUGUUGCUCCAGAGAUAGACUCUGAUGAUGAAAACGUGGAUUAUGAAGAUGAGACUGGGCACCGUUAUCGCUUGUAUCUUGAUGAAUUGGAGGAAAGCAGAAAUGCAGCUGUCAGUAGAAAUGAUGGAAGUGGGGAUGCUAAAUCACUACCAGACCAGAAACCAGUUCUGGAUGCCAUUUUAAAUGGAGAUGCAGGAACAAAUAGUGAAACAGCUUCAGAAGAUGCAACAUUCAAACAAAAAGAUGGUGCAGAAUCCUCAUCUUAAGUUGGUCUUGCGUUACUUGAACACUAAUAUAGCUAUUUCUGCACUUGACUGGUAGUAUGGAAGGAACAAUGUAUGAAUGUGAUCACAUCAAAAAAUAAUGUUAAAAGCGUAACCUUGUUAUGUUCUGGAUUAAGGGGUUCCAAUGAUGCCAUAAAACUGCUUUAGUAACAGCCCUGCAUGUAUGAAACUAUUUUGACUUUGCAGUAAAUUUGUAGGAAGAUACAAAUUUUGAGUUACACCAAACUUCAACUUGAAACUGGAAGGAUUGUUAGCAUGUACUCGGUGUGAAAUGAAAUUUAAAAUCAAAAAGCAUAUAUUAAUACAGUGUUGUUGCACUUUCCCUUUGGGUUCUUUUGUGCACAAUAAGCACUUUCAGCAUUUUACAAUUACAAUCUGUUAGUCUUUUACUGAGAUAUUUGCUUCAAGGUUGAACCAAAAAGGUUCAAGGAAAAUUAUGGAUUUAUAUUUGCUUCUCUUUGUUCAUGCAUAAUUAAUCUGAAUAUAUAUCCCCUUAAAUAUGUGCAGAACUGUUAAACAGAAUCUCUUAAUAGUAACUGUGACCUGACCCACAGUCAUGUUCAUAAAGACUGUUGUGCAUUGCAUUCAAUAUGAUUGUUAGACCUGAAUUGACAUUGUAGUUUAAAUCUAUCAAAUGUGAUAUGUUGUAGUAAAAUUUAAUGAGCCAGUGAGUUAUGAAUUAUUAGGUCACAUAGCUGCAUCUCAUUGGAAGAUUAUUUUUCUUAACAAAACAUUUCAAAAUGCAGCUGUAAUAAUUAUUUAAAGAUAAUCCGAGUUACAUUGUUGUAAGUACACAAUUCCUAUAUACUAUGUAUCCAUCCAGCAUUGAAGUGCACUAUUUGUAAUUAGUUAUUCUGCAAAGAUGUUAAGUGUAAUGUCUGGUGAAGUUGAGAUGAUAGUGGUAUAUUUUACAUAGUAUCACUUCAGGUAACUUGCACCUUUCCAAGAGUACGGUUCCCUGUACACGAGUCACUUGCUCAUUCAGAAUCAGUAAAAUUCUGAUUCACACAGUGCAGCUAGUGUAAAAUGCAAUUUUUUAACUUCUGUAAACAUGCUUGAGAAUGUUUUUCAGUUAAUGACAAGAAUUUGGAUUAUAGAAAAACUGAAGCUGUACACCUAGUAAAAAUGUACAGUGUAGUAGUGUACACCUAGUAAAAAUAAUAACUUAUUUUCUGUACACAGGAAGAGUGAUACUUGCCACUCCUGUUUUUUUUUGUGUAUUUACAAAUGGAGGUCAAACUCUUUCUGUUCAUAUUAUAAGGAAACGGAUGCUUCACUUUUUAUACUGUAUUUUGUUUUCAGUUGUACUAAUAGUUACAUUGCUAUUUUGCAGUAAAUAGCUCAAAGUUGUAAAUAUGUACUCAUUAUUGGACUUUUGUAUUUAUAAAAUUAUACUCUGUU